GUUAAACUAAAAUCCCCAAAAUUUUAUGUGAAUACAAAAAAAAAAACAGUGAAAAAGAAAUAUUGCAAAGAACUGCAAAGUGCACCUUUCAAAGGAAUAGAAGUUUUCCGCAACAGUAUGCUUCAAGCCGUGUAAACUGGUCUCUUUGCAGAAUUGCGUGUACAAAGAGUAGACGUGAGCGAUGGACGUCUUGGCGGAAUUCAUUGCGGACUUCGUGCGAGCGAGGCAGCUGAAUAUAGCGGUAGCGGCACUACUGACGCUGGGGUACCUGGUGUACCAGUACCGGGGACUGCUGGUCAAGGCGCAGGACACCAUUGACGAUGGAGACGACCUUCUGAUGAAGAAUCGCUCCAGCUGCCGGAUGUCGAGAUCACGAUCCAGGUCGGCUCAUUCGCGUUCGCGCUCGAGGGACCGCAGGAACUAUGACAAGAGCCGACGGAACAAGAAGAACCAUCGCUGCGCCAACUGCAGCCACUACAACUGCGACGAUGUAUAUGAGAGGGGCCCUCGUUAGCUUGGGCCCUGAGCGGAUUG